GAUAGGAUUUUGCAUUUUUGGUAAUCUUUUCUACUUCUAAAAGCUCUGUAAAAAAACACUCUAAACCCCCUCAUUUCCCCCUCCUCAAAACUUCAUCACCAUACAUACAUGCCUUGCUAAACCCCUCACCGGAACCCCCACACACAUAAUUCCAAAAACAUGUCCGAAAACGGCGUCGUACGCUUCGCCGGUAAUCUGGACCCUUCAGCCCAAGAGUUCCGGCCCACUUACCCACCCCAAGCCCACCACCACCAGCACAACCAGUACCCGUUUCUCUCUCCUCCUCCACCACCACCACCACUUCCGCCUUUCUUCACUGACGUGAUCUACACACCUCCUCCACUUACGUCAUCAUACCACGUCAGCCUCCCUCCAACGACGUCGUUUAUUCCUCCGUCAAUCCCACCGGCGGCGUGUUCUCCGACGAGAGGUCUCCUCCUAACCGCUGCCCCCUCUGACGUGAGUGAAUCACUAGUAAGAAGAGACCUUGAGAUAUUCGGCGACGUGAGAGCUGUUCAGAUGGGGAGAGUCUCUGAAGGUAUCUUAACCGUCCAUUUUUAUGAUCUGAGAGCUGCGCAUGCAGCCUUGAAUGCCGUACGUGAGCAACACAUGCAGCACCAGAACCGGCUUCGCAUCUAUUACUCUUCCAUUUUGGCGCCAAUGCAAAAUCACAAUCCUCCCAACCCUCCUCCUGCUCCGGGCCUCAUUGCGGGCCGCCCUCUGUGGGCCCAGUUCACUAUUCCCUCUACUACCGCCUUUCCUGAUGGUCACAAUCAGGGUACUCUUGUCAUUUUCAAUCUCAACCCCAACGUCUCUGCUCACCACCUUAGGGACAUCUUCCAAGUUUUUGGGGCAAUAAAGGAAUUAAGAGAGACGCCAAUGAAGAGGCAGCAGAGAUUCGUUGAGUUCUAUGACGUUCGAGAUGCAUCUAGAGCAUUAACGGAGAUGAAUGGCAAAGAAAUCAAUGGUCGGACUGUUAUGAUUGAGUACAGUAGACCAGGAGGUCAUUCCAACAAGAAAUUCAACCAUUCUCAUCAUUUUAAUCUUCAUACUAAUAAUAAUUUCCACCACCAUCACAUUACAAAGCCUCAUCCAUCUCCACCGCCACCACCUCAGUUCUCGAUGCGACACUACAGGAGAACUUCUCCUCGACAGGGUACUAUUCGACGGAGGAGAAAUUCUCCGUGUAGUGAGGAGUCACUCGAGGCUGCAAUGACUGGUCUAUCAUUACUGCCAUCUUCUAAUGAUGGAAGAAAUGAGGAUAGGAAAAUUGUUGCUAGGAAAAAUGGUAACCACAACAAUGGAAAUAAUAAUGCUGCUAAUGGGAAUUGUUCGAGUUCGGGUUCCAGUUCAAGUGCGAGUGCCAAACAACAACAAACGACAACAAAGGUGAAGCCAUGGAGAGGGAAACACAAAAAUUCUGAUCCCAGGUUUCUGAUAAAAGAAGAUGCAAUUGUAGAAGCUGGAAAUGAUAAAGAUACUAGGUCUACUGUCAUGAUCAAGAACAUACCCAAUAAGUACAGUCAGAAGCUGCUGUUGAAUAUGUUGGACAACCACUGUAUACACUGCAAUGAACAGAUUGCAGAUGCUGGAGAUGAUCAGCCCUUGUCUUCCUACGAUUUCGUUUACCUCCCAAUCGAUUUCAACAACAAAUGCAAUGUGGGAUAUGGGUUUGUGAAUAUGACUUCUCCAGAAGCUACAUUGAGGUUAUACAAGUCUUUUCAUCAUCAACAUUGGGAAGUUUUCAAUUCUCGCAAGAUUUGUGAAGUCACUUAUGCUAGAGUUCAGGGUUUGGAAGCAUUGAAGGAGCAUUUCAAGAACUCAAAAUUUGCGUGCGAGAACGACGAGUAUCUUCCCGUGGUAUUCUCCCCACCUCGAGACGGGCGGCACUUACCUGCUCCUCUCCCCAUCGUCUUCUCCAACACCACUCUUCAUCUUAAUCAUGACUCUACUGACGUGGACGCCUCAGAUUUCACCUCAUCAACAACUUGUGCUAGUACUUCCACAACUACACUUACACUACAUUCAGAUGAUUUUGAUCAUCAUCAUACCAACGGUGGAGAUCACAUCUACACAAACUCUACUAUUCAAGAGGGAGAUCUCAAUGAUGAUGAUGAUGAUGACGACAGCAGCUCAUCGAACGGCGGCGGAGGUGUUGUCAGUGCUGAGUAUGACGUCAUCUCGAAUAGUAGUAUAGGGUGUAGUAGUAGCUGAUUUCUCUCUCUAAAAUCCCUGGUUUUUAGCUGUAAGCUGUCUAAUCUAAAAUCUCUCUCUUCUUCCUUUCUAUUUUUCUUUCUGUGAUGAGUUGACUCGAUAGAGAAAUGGUUGCAUGUAAUGCAGCACACCGCCGCCUCCUAUACUCCACAUGCACGCCACCUCCUAUACUACUACUACUGUAGUUUUUUUUUUUCGAUGUUUUUAUAAAUUGUUGUCUUUUUAAUGUUAAUUUCUGAUGUCGUGGGCUUAGUAAAUCUUUGUCUUGUAAUUGUGUCAGUUUAAGGUAGUUUUUUUAGAUAUAAUUUGUGCUAGGAAAAAGGAAUUGAUUUGUAACUGUUAGUACGUGUUAAA